GUACAAAACUGCGCCGCUGACUUGUACAGCGCAUGUUCUGCUGCUGAGGUGAUAAGCGUCACGACGAGACUAGCACCUCCUGCGGUCCUUCACUUGAACGUGACGCCAGCUGUGACCUCCGCCGGCGUGGCUUGGACGGCUCUGCGGGGACAGUUUUUCAACGUGACUCUGGGGAUGACGGGAAGAGCAGGUUGUGCCUCCAAUGAUGUCGAAAAUGUUCAACAUUUCCGCAAUCUGAGCACGGCUGCAUUGCAACUGCCGCUGCUGCAGGCGUACACUGAGUACGAGGUGUGCGUGUACGCAUACAACGAGGGAGGAGAGAACCAGAAAUGUGAAGUGUUUGAGACUCUGCCUGACAAAGCUCCUGGGCCUGUGGAGAAAUUGACCUCUUCCGCCACGUCCACUUCCAUCAGCCUGCGGUGGAGGAAACCUUGUCCUCCCAUGGCCGCCAUCAGGGGCUACCGCGUCAAGGUGGAUACAGUCACUCCCUACGUCCAAGCGUCGGAGUGCAGCGACAGCGCCGCCCACUUCUGCCACACCAUCAAGGAACUACAACCUGAACGCACGUACAACAUUGAGGUACAGAACUGCGCCACGGACGAUGGCCGCGCAUGUUCUGCUCCUGAGGCAAUAAAUGUCACGACGGGACUAGCAGCUCCUGCGGUUCCUCAUUUGACCGUGGCGCCUGCUACGACCUCCGCCAGCGUGAUUUGGACGGCGCAGCGAGGACAGUUUUUCAACAUGACUCUGGAGAUGACGGGAAGAGCAGGUUGUUCCUCCAAUGAUGUCGAAAAUGUUCAACGUUUCCAAUCCAGCACGGCUGCAUUGCAACUGACGCAGCUGCAGGCGUACACUGAGUACGAGGUGUGCGUGUACGCCUACAACGAGGGAGGAGCAAAUAAGAAGUGUGAAGUGUUUGAGACUUUGCAAGACGAAGCUCCUGGGCCUGUGGAGGAGUUGACCUCUUCCACGAAGUCCACUUCCAUCAGCCUGCGGUGGAGGAAACCUUGUCCUCCCAUGGCCGCCAUCAGGGGCUACCGCGUCAAGGUGGCUACAGUCACUCACUACGUCCAAGCGUCGAAGUGCAGCGACAGCGCAGCCCACUUCUGCCACACAAUCCCGGGUCUGCAACCUGAACGCACCUACAAUAUUGAG